AUGGUUCGAAUUUGUACGAUCACCCUCUUCCUUCUGGCUACGCAACUUCAUUGGUCAUUCACUCAUGGCUUUAGUGACACAGUUAGAAAGGCGUACAUCGUGUAUUUGGGAGAGGCAUUGCAAUCAAAAGCCUUAGCUACUGAGCUUCAUCACAACAUGCUUUCUUCAGUUAUUAGAGAUGACCAUAUUGCCCAACAGUCCAGAAUAUAUAGCUACACAAAGAGUUUUAAUGCAUUUGCAGCAAACCUAUUGCCACAAGAAGUACAAAGACUACAAGAGAAUGAAAAUGUGGUGUCGGUGUUUCCUAGCAAAAUGCAAAAACUUCAUACCACAAGAUCAUGGGAUUUCUUAGGAGUGCCUCAAUCAGUGAAGAGAAAUCAUCAAAUUGAAAGUAAUAUUAUUGUUGGUGUAUUAGAUACAGGAAUUUAUAUCGAUGCUCCAAGUUUUGACGACAAAGGACUAGGACCGCCUCCAUCAAAAUGGAAGGGUACAUGCCAAGUCAAAGGCAACUUCACUGGCUGUAACAACAAGGUAAUAGGUGCAAGGUUCUACCACCAUGGUUCCAUCAUUCCCAGCCCAAGUCCAUCCCCAUUAGAUGAGGAGGGUCAUGGCAGUCACACUUCGUCCAUCAUAGCAGGUGCCUCGAUAGCAGGGGCGAGCUUAUACGGUUUAGCCAAAGGCACAGCUCGAGGUGGGGUUCCAUCAGCACGCAUUGCAGUGUACAAGGUGUGUUGGGAAGAUGGUUGCAGUGAUAUAGACAUGUUGGCUGCAUUGGAUGAUGCCAUUAGUGAUGGAGUUGACUUGAUAUCAAUUUCCAUCGGAGGGGAUUCAAGAAACUAUUUUGAAAAUCCCCUUGCGGUCGGUGCCUUUCAUGCAAUGAAGAAGGGGAUUUUGACAACAUGUUCAGCUGGGAAUAACGGCCCAAGUUUCUAUACUGUGGAGAACACAGCUCCUUGGAUAUUGACUGUUGGUGCUUCUGGCAUGGAUAGGCAGUUUAGGACUCCGAUUGAAGUUGGAAAUGGAAUAAAAACUUCUGGAUUUUCCGUCAACACAUUUUCACCAAAUAAACGGAUGUACCCUCUAACCACUGCGGUAAUAGCAGUCAAUGGAAGUUUACCACGAAAUCAAAAUCCCUGGUUGUGUGGUGAAGGGAGUUUGGACGCGAAUAAGGUCAAGGGAAAGAUUGUGCUAUGCCAAGGAGAUCUAACUCAAGAUUACAUUAAGGACAUAGGUGGGUUGGGGGCGAUUAUAUCUCUCCCACAACAGUUAGAUGUGGGCUAUACAUUUGUCAUCCCUGUUGCCUUGAUUGACACUAAUGUUAGUAAUCAAAUUGAGAAAUAUGUUAACUCAACCAGAGCCCCUCGGGCUGUCAUAUACAAGUCUACAACAGUACGCAAUGCCGCGACACCCUUUGUGGCUUCCUUUUCAUCUCGAGGUCCGAACAGACUCUCUUCCACCAUACUUAAGCCGGAUAUUAUGGCACCUGGAAUAGAUAUUCUAGCUGCUUACUCUAAACUUGCAUCAGUGACUGGGGAUCCUGAAGACAACCGAUUUGGUGUGUAUAAUACAGUUUCUGGAACAUCAAUGUCUUGCCCUCAUGUGGUAGCUGCCGCUGCCUAUGUUAAAUCAUUCCACCCUAAUUGGUCUCCCACUGCAAUCAAAUCGGCCUUAAUGACAACUGCAUCUGAAUUGAAAAUCAAAAAUGUCCAAGCUGAGUUAGCCUAUGGGGCUGGCCAAAUCGACCCAGUUAGAGCAUUGGAUCCCGGUUUGGUCUAUGACAUGUCAAUGUACGACUACAUCCGCUUCCUAUGUAAUGAGGGUUACGGCGGGACAGCUCUACGAUUGUUCACUGAAGGGAAAACAAAUUGCUCAAGUGUCCCUAACAUUGGAGGACAUGAUGCCCUAAAUUACCCAUCCAUGUAUUUGGAACUUAGUAACACUAACUCUAGCAUAUCAGCCAUCUUUCAUAGGACAGUUACAAAUGUGGGCUCUAGAAAUUCUAUAUACAAGGCAAUUGUCAAGGCGCCAGCAGUUCUCGAUGUCACUGUUGUUCCGAACCAACUAGCUUUUAGUCACUUGAACGAGAAAAAAUCUUUCAUGGUUGUGAUAAAGGGGCCACCAUUGAACAAUGUUACCAGUUUAUCAGCAUCACUGGAAUGGAAUGACACUAAACACAGAGUUAAGAACCCUAUCCUCCUUUUUUGGACCGUAUCUGAUGAUGAAGGGCUUGGCAAGCCUUUUGUAUAA